CAGUAUUGUUGCUCUAGGGUAUCCGGGGCUCCCGAGCGCACGGCUUACCUUAAUUCGGCUGGAGCGGCUCGUUAUGCAGUCUUAAGUCCGCAUACCUAAGACUUGUGGUGGCCAACGUUCACUGCCAAAAUGUUUUCUCAACAAAGUACGACAUACUCGAUUAGAUGAUGGCUCAAGAAUCUAGCGCUUACAAUCCAACGCCGCGAUUGAAGGACGCCAAGUCUGAAGAGGAGGACUGGACCAAGCUAUCCGAUGUAGAAAAUCGCCGGAAGAUGCAGAACCGCCUGAAUCAGAGAGCCAGACGCCGGCGACAAUUGGAACAGAAAAGAUCAAAAGGCGAGGACAACGCCAUUCGCAAAGGGGUUAUGUAUGUGGAGGAGCAGAGCAAAAGCAAAUGCUCCUCCGCCAGCUCCAAGGCACCUCCAUUCCACAGUCAGAGUCUCAACAGUGCCCAACUAAAAUUCCGAUUGGGUUUCCUGAUUUGUCAACUGACUACAGCCGAAUGUAGUAGCCUUUUGGAGCAACUGGAAAAUCUCGUUGGUCGGUAUUUAGCCAGACACCAGCUAGACGGUGAACUUCUGGUUCCUAUCAUGCAGCUCAACAUCGUUAGGGCAAUGAUGUCCAAUGCGGCACAUUUUGGAUUAACACCGGAAUUACUACACCAGGAUAUUCCGUCCCCAUUCAACAUAACAGGACCGUUGGCCAUCAAUGUGGCAAAUUUGCCGCCCAGUCUGCAGCCAACAAGUCUACAAAAGGAAAUUACCCAUCACCCGUGGAUCGAUCUGUUCCCUCUACCGUCUAUUCGAGAUGCAGUAUUGCGGAGGAUGGCGGAAUACGACGACGAAGAACUCUGCCACAACCUUUUUAUGGAGGUCGAUGGCGCAGACACCAAAUCAAUUGGUCUCGUGGUCUGGGGAGAACCAUGGGAUCCCACAGGGUAUGAAAUAUCGUCCGGCAUUUUGAGGAAGUGGCCGUGGUUUAUCCAAGAUUGCCCUGAUCUGAUUCACUCGUCAAACUACUGGCGCAGAAGACGUGCCGAGAGACCAUUGUGUACAUUUACUGCUGCAGAUAAUACUAUGUAGAGAGGGGGGCUACCAUUUCGGUUUUCUCAAAGCGCAAGUUACGUAUCGUUACUGAUCGAUAGCAAACUUUUCUCCAAUCAAAUUCUCGCUCAACUCCCACAG